AUGCAACAUAUCCUUCAAUUUAAAACCCAGAUCAAUAAAGAACUGGACAACUUACAAGGUUCUUUUCGUGCUCUUAAAGUGGCGCAAAUGAAGUACAAGGAGUGUUAUGAAAAUGUUAAAUCCGUGAAUGGUAAUCCAAAUCAGGAGUUAAUGGUUCCCUUGACGGCCUCUUUAUAUCUUCCAGGUAAGAUAGAAGAUAACGAUAAAUUUCUCAUAGAUGUUGGUACAGGUUACUACGUGGAAAAGAAUUCCCAAGAGGCUCUCGAAUUCUUCGAUGGCAGACUAAGCAAGCUAACUGAGGAUUCAUCCAAGUUGACUGGUUUAAUUAAAGAAAAGAUACAACUAGUUCAAUCAAUUGAUCAAGUUUUAAGAGACAAGUUGUCGCAACAACAGCAGCAACUUCAGAAAAGUGGGGGUUCAAAGUAA